AAUCAAUUCACAUUUUUAGAAGAGAUGAUGAAUCAAUCAACGAAUCAAAGUCAAAAACCUCAGAUACAAAUAAGGCGUCCAAUAUCCGAUUUUGAAUACUUAAAUCCAACUCGAGAAAAUGAUUCGAUAAUGGAUGGUUUUCAUUAUAAAUCUGGUCGUCGAUAUCAUUUUCUUGAAGGUGUAAAAUAUCCUCUGCCUUGUGAUUCUGAAGAAACCUACCGCUUAAAAUUAAAUUAUUCUAUUUCAAGAUAUUGCUGGAAAGGCAAUAUUUUCUAUUCACCCCUGGAAAAUGAAUUGGCCAAGGGUGGCAUGAGAGUUUUGGAUGUCGGAUGCGGUCCUGGUGGUUGGCUAUUAGACAUGGCAACCCAAUUUCCAAAUUCUACAUUCGUUGGUGUUGACAUCUCAUCUAUGAUCCCAAAGGAUCAACAACCUUCAAAUUUGGGUUUCUUACAAUGUAAUAUACAUGAUGGUUUGCCAUUUCCUGACGAAACCUUCGAUUUCGUAUUUAUGUCUCAUAUGUUUACUUCAAUAACUAAAAAUCAAUGGCAAGAUGUUGUAGAUGAUUUAGUUAGGGUGACAAAACCGGGUGGUUGGAUUGAAUUAAUGGAAAGUGACUAUAUAAAUUCUACGUCUGGUCCUGUAACCCGUGAAAUUCAAACUCAAAAUUGUAUACUUAUAAGUUCAAGAGGAAUAGAUCAUAAUGUUGGUCCUAAUGUUUAUAAAUAUUUUGAAAAUAAUGUUGACCUCGAGGAUGAAAUAUUCACUGGUCAUACUGUUACUCCUCUUGGUAAUGGAACUGUUGGAGAGUUGGCUUUUAAAAACUACAAGGCUUCUCACUUUGCAGUUCGAUUACAUGAAUAUAUGGGUAUAUCAGCACAAGAAUUUGAAGAAAU